AUGAUUCCAAUUCCUGGGCCUGUUCGACUCUUGAAGUUGAUCCCUUUGGCCGCGGGCGUUUUGGCCGAUAGCAGUAUCUGUGAUGUCUUGAAUUCUAGGGUUCCAGGUCGAGUCUCGUACUCGGGGGACUCGAUCUACACUGCGUCGCUGUCAUCCUAUUACACCGGAUACGAAAGAGACCUAUACCCCAGCUGCAUCUUCAGGCCAACCAGCGCGGCUGAAGUUUCGAAAUUCCUCCAGUUUGUCGGCUCAGAUGAAUACAGCACCUCACCACUGCCCCAAUUUGCUAUCAGGGGAGGGGGACACACGUUGUUCACCGGAGCGGCAAACAUCAACGGGAGUGUGACAGUCGACAUGCGCUCUAUGAACUCCCUGACUCUGAGCGAGGAUCGAAAGAUCGCCUCUGUCGGCGGCGGCAGUAUCUUCAGUGAUAUUUAUCCCCGACUUGUGCCCCAUAACCUCACCGUGAUGGGGGGACGCGUCCCAGGAAUUGGCGUCGGCGGGUUCACAACCGGAGGGGGAUUAAACUUCCUAUCCCGUGAGCACGGGUUCUCUUGCGACAACAUAUACGGGUACGAGGUAGUCCUCGCAAAUGGAUCCGUCAUCUAUGCCAGCGCUAGCUCCCACAGCGACCUGUGGCUUGCCCUCAAGGGCGGCUCAAACAACUUCGGAAUCAUUACACGUUUUGAUCUCGCUACAUUCCCGCAACAACAGAUGUGGGGAGGUAUUGUGUUGUACAACUACACAGACAGUCAGGUGGACGCUCAAGCCCAGGCCUUCAGCAACUUCAUGGAUACUGCCAAUUUCGAUAGCGCAGCAGAUAUGGAUCUCAUUCUGAACUUUGAAAAUAGCGGCUUCGAGAUCGGAAACGCCCUUUUCUACUCGAAGCCCGUCGCCAACCCCGAGGUGUACCGGGAGUUUACGUCCUUGCCGUCCCCAAUUAUUAGCACCCUAAGCUUCAACGAUGUGAGUGGGAUGGUAACUCAAUUCGGAGCGUAUCUUCCCUCGACGUUGAAUCGUGCAACCGAGCUCGUCUACUCAUUCAAAAAUGCCAACGCCACAAUAUACAAACAGCUCAUUAAGAUAUGGGAAAAUGAAUGCAAUUCACUGCGUGGGAUUGAUGGACUGGAAGUCCAGUUCUUGGUCCAGCCUCAGCCUGUCACGAAUGGCACCAACUCUCUGGGACUGACGGCCGGCGAAACCGAUAAUGUGAUUGGGCUCGUCACGGUUGCCUAUAAUAACGCAGCCGAUGACAGUGAGGCUUUGAAGGGUCUUCAGAACAUCGUCAAUCAACAGGUGGCCCUUCUUCAGAAGGCCAAGCUCUAUCUGCCUUUCAAGUACCUCAACUAUGCAGACCAAUCCCAGAGCCCCUUUAGCAGCUAUGGGGAAAGAAGCAAAGCUCAUCUUGAGACUGUCAGUGAGCGUUAUGAUCCUAAGAAGAUGUUUCAGGAAGGGGUUCCCGGGGGCUUCAAGCUGUUUGCGUGA